AGUGAGAGGGAGCCGCAUGGAAGCCAACAGGAGCUUGGCCGUGCCAGCAACUUGAGCCCAUACUGGGGAGGCGGGUUCAACCCACAGCAAAGCCCGGGUCUGCUGUUCUUCUGACGUCCAGGGACAUCCCGACUCCUGUCUGAAGCCAUGGGCCCCUCCCACCCUGCACUCACACCCAUGACAAAGCUCGGCCUGUGGUGGCUCCUUCUGAUCCCAGCAGCGUCAGCGCAGCGAGUUCCCCACACCCAAGCCGAGGACCGCCUCUUCAAACACCUCUUUCGGGGCUACAACCGCUGGGCACGGCCAGUGCCCAACACCUCCGACGUGGUCAAUGUGCGCUUCGGGCUGUCCAUCGCCCAGCUCAUCGAUGUGGAUGAGAAGAACCAAAUGAUGACCACCAAUGUCUGGCUAAAGCAGGAGUGGAACGACUACAAGCUGCGCUGGAACCCGGCUGAUUUCGGCAACAUCACAUCCCUCCGGGUUCCUUCAGAGAUGAUCUGGAUCCCCGACAUAGUACUCUACAACAAUGCAGAUGGGGACUUCGCAGUGACCCACAUGACCAAGGCCCACCUCUUCUCCACGGGCACCGUGCACUGGGUGCCCCCCGCCAUCUACAAGAGCUCCUGCAGCAUCGAUGUCACCUUCUUCCCCUUCGACCAGCAGAACUGCAAGAUGAAGUUUGGCUCCUGGUCGUACGACAAGGCGAAGAUCGACCUGGAGCAGAUGGAGCAGACAGUGGACCUGAAGGACUACUGGGAGAGUGGCGAGUGGGCCAUCAUCAACGCCACGGGCACCUACAACACCAAGAAGUACGACUGCUGCGCCGAGAUCUACCCCGAUGUCACCUACUACUUUGUCAUCCGGCGCCUGCCUCUCUUCUACACCAUCAACCUCAUCAUCCCCUGUCUGCUCAUCUCCUGCCUGACCGUGCUCGUCUUCUACCUGCCCUCUGACUGCGGGGAGAAAAUCACCCUGUGCAUCUCUGUGCUGCUCUCGCUCACCGUCUUCCUUCUGCUCAUCACUGAGAUCAUCCCCUCGACAUCCCUGGUCAUCCCGCUCAUCGGCGAGUACCUGCUCUUUACCAUGAUCUUCGUCACGCUGUCCAUCGUCAUCACAGUCUUUGUGCUCAAUGUCCACCACCGCUCCCCUAGCACCCACAAUAUGCCCCGCUGGGUGAGGGUGGCCUUUCUGGGCUGUGUGCCCCGAUGGCUUCUGAUGAACCGGCCCCCACCCCCCUUGGAGCUUCAUGAGCCCCCAGAUGUGAAGCUCAGCCCCUCCUAUCACUGGCUGGAGACCAACGUGGAUGCAGAGAAGAGGGAGGAAGACGUGGAGGAGGAAGACAGAUGGGCAUCAUGUUCCUCCGUGGGUGUCCUCCACGGCCAUGGUGGUCUGCGCCAAGGGGCCGCGGGUCCCCAGGCAGAUGCCCAGCUGCAGAAGUGUGGGUUCCUGCUGUCCCCUCACAUGCAGAAGGCACUGGAAGGUGUACACUACAUUGCUGAUCACCUGCGGUCUGAGGAUGCUGACUGUUCGGUACAGGAAGACUGGAAGUACGUGGCCAUGGUCAUUGACAGGAUCUUCCUCUGGCUGUUUAUCCUCGUCUGUGUCCUGGGGACCGUGGGACUCUUUCUUCCUCCGUUUCUGGCUGGAAUGAUCUGAUUUCACGUCCCUCGCUUUGGCUCGAAGGUGGCACUGCUGACCAUGUUUGCUGCUGCCUCUAGAGUCUGCCUUUGGGGUCAACACCAUGUGACUGCAGGUGCCUCUCCAGAGUCCUGACACUGUCCCAGUCGUUGAAGACUUUCUUGCACAAAUUCACUUGACACCAUUGUGCUAUGUGCAGAGAAUCUGCUGUGCACAGAGCCCUGUUUGGGAUGCUGAGGAGCUCGGAAAAGAACUUACUCUGCAGGUUAUGGUACAAUGGUGACAACACGAAGCCGUGUAAGAUUCUCCUGAAGGAGUGACCCAACACUGACUGACAGAAGGGCCAAGCAAGGGGAGCAGAUGGCGGGGGUGGGGCCGGGUGAGAAGGAACAGAGGGACCUCGAAGGUGGGUUGCGUGGAGAAGAAGGAAGAGGGCGCUGCAGUAGGUGGAAGGACUGUGAGUAGUUUUGGAUUCAGGAAUGAGCCUGAGGUGUCAGAACAGCCAGGCUGAGGUGGGGCUGCAGUGUGGGGAGCAGUGGGAGGAGGUUGGUGAGACAGCUUGGGGUGUCUUUGAACCAGGUAGAGAACGAAGUUCAGAGCCUGAGUCCAUAGGUAUUAACAGCAGAGUGGUAAAGGUUUUCCAGAGGGGAGGAAGGGUGAGACAGGCUGCCAGGCUGCAGGUGGGGUGGAGGUGCUGGGUGGAGGCAAAGGAGGGUGCAUGGUAGCUGGACCACCCCCCCACCUGGAAGCUCUUGUGCGCUCCCCCCCCCCACCUUCCCUCCUGCAAACUGGCUCAGCACCAGCUGGCCCCCAGAGGUUUGGCCACGCUGAAAGCCCCUGUGCCCAGGGCACCACCUGUCCUUAAACACACAUGGACAAACCCCAAGGCCAUCCAGAGCCAUUGUCGAUCCAGCUCCAGCUUGCAGUUUGCUCCCUCCCCAGGGUGAGUGGUAGUCGGCACUCAACAGUUCUGAGUGACUGAAGGGAGUGAGUGGAUUGCUUUGCACCUCAGACUGCUGUGGAAAUGCAAACAUGGCAGGACCAGGACUGCUUCCCUCUCCAGCCUGCCCUCCCUCUCCUUCCCAAAGCCCCAUGAUGCGUCUGACCCACCCUGAACCAUACUGUGCAAUCUAUUCUCCCACCUUGGAUCCAGCAACCCACAGCCCUCAGCAGCAGCCGGAGCCUAGAGGAGCUGUGGCCCCCAUGGGAUCCGGCCUCGCCCCUGCCCCAUCCAGCCCCAGAGGGCAGAACCCCAGCAGCUAACAAAUGCAGGCACUAGAUUCUCCAGACAGUGUGGGGACCUGGAACAGGAAUCCAAGUAGGACAAGCUUCCAGUUUCCCUUCAGCCUUUGGAGUCCCCUCCUUCCAAACCCCCACUUGCCUCUCCCUGGCACCCUAGGGGAAACCCAUGGCACCCCAGCCUAGGCCUCUGCUCCUCAGUUCUCUCUCAAGACCCCUCACUCAGUGACUCAUUCUGGUUUCCAGCCCCUCCUUGGUCCUGUGCCCAUAGCACACCCAAUCUCCUUCCUCCCUCCUGGGUCCCUAGCCUGGAUCUCCUGGUGUGAUGAUGUUCCUUCAUAUUAGUCUGUCUCCCAUCCAUCUUGCAUGUGCGUAAAGAAAUCAAAUAAAACCAAAGCUGCUGUUCCUUGAACUGUGGGACCUCUCCUCAGCAUCCCCAGGACCACCCAAGCCUCCCCCAGAAACCUGGGGGUUUGGAUGCCAUCUAGGAGAGUGCCCCUCCACUGACAUUCCUCAUGGCCAUGUAGGGGGCUGCCCUGGGUCCCGUUCGGUCAGGCAACUGGGCUGGGGCACAUACCUGACCCCACUGCCCAGGCGUCCCCAGACACCCCUGGGUUCAGCCCCGCAUCAGCCCUGGAUCUAUGCCCAACUGAGUACAGUCAAUUUCUUCCAGGGCUGUGGCUUGAGGUCAAAACGCCCCCAUAAACAGCAAAAAAGCAAUCAAACCACAAAGCAAAUGGUACAAUUUUAAUUCAUCCACAAGUCAAUUAGAAAGAACGUAAAGAGUAUUCUGCACAAACACUAGAGAGGAGGAGGGAGGGAGCUGAUGAGAAAGAGGAGAAAAAAGGAGGAGGAGGAAGAAAAGGAGGAAGAAAGAAGGAGGGUGCGAAAUAAGGAAAGAAAGAGAAAAGUGGGCACAAGAAUGAGAGCGGAUUGUGGUCCAAGUCUUGUUUGGCCCUGUCUCCCCUUCUCCUUGACACUUGCCGUGUUGACAACACAGCGUCCUGUGCCCAGAUUCCGAAUAACUUGUUGCUGGACUGUGUUCCAGGUCCCCCCUCAGGGGGACACAUGGCUAUCAGUCCAUACCAAACUCACAUUAAAUAAAUUCCACUAUACACUGUA